AUGUGCCAGCGAGAUCUCGACGAGGCUGUUCAACUAGAUAUCAGUAACAUACAAUCGAUACAUCAUGGUGGUACCCGUACGCUGGCUAAGAGAAAGGCUACACAAGACAAGAAGCUGCAGCAGCAGGCUGCUCAGGCUCCAACCUCGUCGAGAGCUGCCGGUGCGGGUGGCUCGUCGUCGACCAUGCUCAAAUUAUACACCGACGAGGCCCAGGGGCUCAAGGUAGACCCAUUGGUGGUGCUUGUGCUUGCCGUUGGGUUUAUUUUCUCGGUGAUUGUGUUGCACGUGUUGGCCAAGGUAACUGGAAGAUUGACUGCUUGA